GGCCCGCCUCGAGUUCAUUUCGCUACGAGACGUUGACGGCUGUGGGAGUGUUGUGAGUGAGCAGCGGCGGCUGAAUGGAAACUCCAAACAAAAUACAAAUAAUACAAAAAUAAUAAAGACACGAGAGAGACAAUCAUAAUAUGGGAAUUACGAAUGCCAGUGUUAAUUAAUUCGUAAUCUAGUGUGUUGUGCCUUAAACCGCACUUAUUUAUACCUUACAAACCGGUUCGUUCGGUGUCCACAGUAUCGUCGAAUGUUCGCAUAUUUACACCCACUCUAGUGGGAAUUCCAAUUCCCCCUGCGAACUCGAAGUCGAAGUCGAAGUUUGUGUGUGCUUUUUUUUCCCUGUGUAUUCGAGGGUGUGAGUGAGAAAUAGCCGAUCGGCGGGUCACUAUAUGUACAGAUAUACACAUUAUGGCAUUAUGGUUAUGAGGAUUUCUUGAGAAACCCCAGGUUGGCCAGGUACAAAAACUUUUAUGCGGUUACCCACCUUGAGAGCGGACAGGCCACAGACUCUUCCCGUCGCACAACAAUUUGCAUAAGAAAAACCUGCUACAAAAAACACAUCCGAUCCGACUGAUUCGAACGAAACAUCCCCAUUCCCCAUUCCCCAAGACCCAAAACCAAGUUUCGUUAUUGGUUUUUUGUGCCGAUAAUACAAGUAUAUUUUUGCCGGUACUUGUCAAUCCACUUUUUCGCACACUCAAGCCAACAAAAAACAGCAAAAACAUCCAAAAACACUCUUCAAUCAAAGAGGUUCAUUUAUUUGUUCAGUUAUUGCUAUAUCUACAACAUAUAUAUGUCGGUAUAGAUAGAAAUACACUGAUUUACGGACAAGGAACAACCGAACAACACUUUGGAGCUGAAUAAAUUUCUAAUAUUCAUUCAUUAUUCAUCGCUUGAGAGCUUGAGAUCUCGGGAACCAGCAUAAUGACAAAGCAAGUCCAUCAACGGGGUGGAUCCCUGUACUGCGGCCUGACUCUCAUGGGAGUCCUGUGCCUCGUUGUCUUCCGCCUGCUGCCGGGCACGUCCUUUGGGGUGUACGCCAUGCCCGAUGAGCGCAACAUCUACCACAUCCGCGACGGCCUGCACGUCCCGUGCACCUUCUUCGACACCGUGAACCUCACGGGCUACACGCCCUUCCCGAACGGCAGCUACUCGUACGAGGGAGUGCUGAUACCCAGCCACCUGGUGGGCCAGUACAACUACAUCUACAAGGACUUGGUGGAGCGCGUGGAUGUCGACUGGCAUCCGCGCGGCUGCAUCUGCAGGCUGAAGGCCUGCCUGAACAUCUGCUGUCCGUGGGGUCAGGUGUACAACAGCGAGAAGGAGGAGUGCAACAACGACACCACGGACAUCAGGAUCUGGCCACAGCCCGUGAUGAAUGUGACCUUCGACAACAGCAGCACGCAGUCGGUGAACAUCUUCAAGCAGUUUGCGGUACAGAGCUUCAGGCCCUGCCCCAAGAUGUUCUCCCUGCAGCCGGAGAUCAACGAUUUCGAUGACUAUCUGCUGUUCCAGAACGGCUCAAUGCUCCGUCUGGACGAUCACAAUUACAUCAACAAGAGCGAGUUCUGUCUGGUGGUGUCCUACGUGAACGAAACGGAUCUCUACUACAGUCUGAAUCCGGCCAAUUGCGACACGGACACGGAGCACACCACAGUGAAGAUCAUCAAUGCGUACGCCAUGCUCUUCUCCAUUCCCUUUAUGAUGCUCACCAUCGCCGUCUAUCUGCUGAUACCCGAGCUGAGGAAUCAGCACGGAAAGAGUCUCGUGUGCUAUCUGAUGGGUCUCUCCAGCGGCUAUACGGCCCUCUGCUGCGUUCUGCUCCUCAAGAACCUCGAUCCGGACGACUUCUCCUGCAAAGUGUUUGGAUAUACCGCCUACUUCUGCUUCAUGUCGGCCUUUUUCUGGCUGAAUGUCAUCAGCUUUGACUUGUGGCACAAUUUCCGUGGCACACGGGGCAUCAAUCGGUUCCAGGAGAAGAAGCGGUUCCUCUUUUACUCGCUGUACUCCUGGGGAGCGGCGUUGAUCUUCCUGGCCUUCACGUGGAUCGCACAGGAGCAGACCGACUGGCCGGCCGAUCUCAAGCCGGGCAUCGGCGGGGGCCAAUAUUGCUGGCUGGACAUGCGCAACUGGUCCGCGAUGAUCUACUUCUUUGGGCCCAUUCUGGCCAUCAUUGUGGCCAACACCGUGAUGUUCGUGAUGACCUCCGUGAAGAUCCACGGCGUGCAGCGGGAGAUGGCCCGGAUCAUAGCCCGCGAGGACAGCACCAAGAAUCUGCGCACCGAAAAGGACAACGCACGGCGUGUCCUGCUCCGCCUCAGGUUUGGACUGUUCCUGCGGCUGUUCCUCAUCAUGGGCGUCACCUGGUCCUCGGAGAUCAUCUCGUAUUUCGUGGGCAACGACAAGAAGUGGUCGAAGAUCUUCUACAUCUCGGACCUGUGCAAUGCCAUGCAGGGCUUCCUCAUCUUCAUGCUGUUCGUGAUGAAGAAGAAGGUCAAGCACUUGAUAACCAACAGACCGCUUUCGGUAUUGCUUAACAGCAAGUUCAACAGCUACAAGAACAGAAACAAAAACAGCUACAGCCUCAAACAGCAGACUAACUCAAGUCCCACCAACACAGAUCCACCCAAACACGAACAAACCAAUGCCAAUGCUAAUGCUAAUGCUAAUGCUAAUGCCAAUGCCACUAUUGCUGCCACAUGAGGCAUGAGGCAUGAGCAUGAGGCAGUUAGCGAAUGCCAAAAACCUAGCCACAAAGAACAACUUAACAAACAAACAAACAUCCACUUCAAAGACUCGCUAAACGUAGCCCUAAUAACUAAAAGUAACUCUUGUUUGCAUCUAUAAUGUGUGUCCAUCUAUGUAAAUCCGUCCAAACGCCAAUCGAACCCCAUCCAAUCCAUCCAUCGAUGCACCCCGAAGACUGUUGAAGCCAACGCCAUCGAAUGGCUCGACAUCCACCAAUUCGACGUCAAUCAACUCGGAUGCGAAUGGACUGCCAGGAAAGCUGCGAAUG